AUGGCGGGGCGGCUGCCGCUGCUGCUGCCGCUGCUGCGCGGCCCAGGGCGGGCUCUGGGGCCGGGCCGGGCGCUCCCCGCCGCCCCCGGGCCGGGCUCUCGGCGCGGCUGCGGGGAGCUGGCGGCGCUGCGGGCCAUGGGCUUCAGCCAGGAGCAGGCCCGGCGGCUCCAGGCGCUGCAGCCCCGGCUCGGCCCCGAGCGCCGGGAGGCGGCGGCGGCGCAGCUGCUGCUGCUCGGGCUGAGCGCCGAGGCCGCCCUGGCGCUGCUGGAGCGGAGCCCGGCGCUGCUGCGGCUGCCCACGGAGCGGCUCCGGGAGCGCGCCGAGGAGCUGCGGCGCCUGGGGCUGGACGCAGGCCGCCUGCAGCGCGCCCUGAGCCGCUGCCCGCAGCUGUUCCACGUGCCCCGGAGGAGGCUGGAGGCGGCCGUGCGGCUGCUGCGGGAGCGGUGCCUUUUCACGGCCGAGCAGCUGCGGGAGGUGCUGGGGACCUGCCCCGCCGUCCUGCUGGAGGAGCCGAGCACCCUCCAUCACCAGUUCCAGUACGCCUACUUCAGAAUGGGGGUCCAGCAGAAGGAGAUGGUGAAGGCUCGGCUCUUCCAAAUGCCCUUUGCCGAGCUGCGGAAUCGCCACAUCUUCCUGGAGCGCCGGGGGCUCUACGAGACCCCACACAAAGGACAGACCCAAAUUAGUAACCCAAAACUGAAGGACAUCCUGCAGCUCUCGGAGAAAGACUUCCUGGCCAGCCUGGCCUACUCUACCCCAGAGGAGUUUGAGGUCUUCAAGAAGCUGCUGGCUCGAGAGGAGGAGGAGAAGGAGGAAGAGGAGGAUGAGGAUGCACUGUACACAGAGGAUGAUGAUGAUGAUGAUGAUUUGGACAGUGAUGAAAGUAAAACAGCCCGGGAGUGAGUGAGUGAGGCUGUGAGGUGCCAGCCCUGCCCUGCUGCUGCACUCACACUGGGGGCUUUGGGCUCACACCCCACACCAGCACAAGCUGGGGUGGGUGCAGGGCUCCAUGGGUGGGGUUCCAAUAAAUCCCAUCUGUCAAAUACAACAGCACUCAUUCCUUGACCAAUUACUUAAAAAAACCCAAACCAAAACAGUUUCCAUAAAGUGUUUUUAUUAAAAAAAAAAAUCAAACAAAACCCCCUAAUUUAUUUCCAAGACUAGGUUAAAGCCUUCCAGCUGCAUUACAUACUGAGCCAGCUGUGGGACAGGAGCUGUGGCUGCUCUGCUGGCUGGCAGUGGGACCAGGCUGCCUGGUGCUGUGGGGACAACUCCUGUGGCUACAGAACUGCCCCAUGGCAGGGCCACCUCCCCCUGCACAGCCCAUGUCAGCGCUGGUCUCGUGGCUGACAGAGCAGGGGCGCAGAUACUUUCAGACCACAGCUCCAAACUCUCCUGUUUGGGUUUGCCCUUGCCCUGCUCUCCCUGCUGGGGAGGGCUGGCUGCUUCUCCUGCCCCGGGAAGGCAGGGCUGCUGUGCUGCCAGGCAGCUGGAGCAGGACCAGGCAGCCUUGGAGGGAAACAAGGCCUGUCUGUCCUGUGGGAGCAGAGCUGGAGGUGGUGCAGGAGGGGAGCAGCACACUGGCCAGCUGGUCUUGGCUUCACGCUGUCCCUGCCCCCAGGCUGGGCACUGUUACACUGCUCCAGGAGGAAGAGGGUGCUGGCAGGAGCACUGAAACUCCUGGGCCUGCCCUGCUCUGCGAGCAGCUUCCAAGCUGCUGUUUGAGCCAUGUGGCUGAGCAACAGAGCCCUGCUUGGCAGGAGGGCAGGCCCUCCCCACCAGAACAAUCCCACUCUGCUGGGGCCAUGACACUCUAUACCAUAACUGUGAUAUAUCUCUGGUAUGUGUUAAUUUAUAAUAUACACCGUGUACGUUAAUACACAAAUCUAUGUUUAACUAGUGUUGUCAUACAAACUCACAAAAACUAGCAACGUUUCUAAGCUACACUUUUUCUUUCCUUGCCUGCCCUGCUGCAGUGCUGGCUGCUGGUCCUCUCCUCCACACAAUCCUGCAGCACUGGUGCCACAGGGAAGUGCAGUGCAAGGGGAUGGAGUGUGGGGCUGGCUUCCUCACCAAGCCUCUGCUGUGCCCUGCACUGGUGUGGAGGCAACUGCUGGUAUGCCUCAGCUGACAGAUUUCACCCUACAGAUCACAUUUUAAAUUCUUUUUAGGUGCUCUAUUGGUUUCUGAGCUGGAAAUUUGGUUAAAAGCAGGGCUUGUGUACAAAGCAAAGAAAAAAGGCAGGCAGUAGAAGCUGCCUCAGUUUCCCCUGCU